UGAAAUAGCAGACAUAGAGUGAACAGUUUACGAUGCGGCUUGUUGAAGUCACGCUGCAGCACCAGCCCCGACACUCAGACGCGGUGUCGUGCGUGGCCUGGGUGACGCCCGACGAGCUCUACUCUUGCGGAGCCGACCACCAGCUGCUAUGUUGGAACGUACCCAGCGGUGAGACGAGCAAAGUCGCUGAUCUUCCAGCUGAUGUUUUCCCGCUAGAAAUGCACGUGAGGCCUCGCAGUGGCGUGCAAGGAGGCAAUGCGGAGGCAGAGAUCAUCUUUCUAAUCACGGCUGAUGAUGGCAAGUUUCAUCUCGUGAACCGCAAGGGCCACGUAGAGAAGAGCGUUGCUGCCCACCAGGGGGCGGCUCUCACUAGCCGCUGGAAUCACGACGGGUCGAGCUUUCUUACUGGCGGUGAGGACGGCCUGGUGAAGUUCUGGACGCGUAGUGGCAUGCUGAGGUUCUCGCUGAGCAAGAGCUCAGGGUUCGUCUACAGCGCUGCCUGGUCCCCUGAAUCGGACGCUGUGCUCUACACUUCUGGCACCGCGCUAGUCAUCGAACCUCUGACAGCCAACACCAAGCCCAAACAGUGGGAAGCCCACGAAGCCCUUGUCCUGAAAGUGGCUUGGAACCCCAACACCGGUCUCAUCGUGUCGUGGGGGGGAGAUAAACGCUAUAAAGUGUGGGAUCGCGACGGCCGGCAGCUGUACACAUCAGCGCCCCUCUACCCCAACAUCACUGCACUCGCCUGGGCAGCGGACGGGCAGCUCUUCGUCAUGGGGUCGUACAACGCAAUCAGACUCUGCGACAAGAAUGGAUGGUGCCACUCUCAGCAUCAGCCAGCUUGCGGUAGCCUCUUCAACUUGGCCUGGUCGAACGAUGGCACUGGCAGUCUUUUUGCCGGUGCCGGGGAGAACGGUCACGUGUUCGUUGCUCGCGUCAUUGAAAAAUGGGCAGCAACUCCCAAAGAUGAGGUCAGGCUCCACAGCUGCACCAGAAUUGAAGAUCCCACCGAAGAUGUUGAUUUUCAUUAUCUUGUUGAAAAACGAAAUGACUUGGUUCGCAAGUAUGCAUGCCAGGAGUCGGAGGAAGGCAAGUGGAUAUUGUUUUUCAAAACUGCGAAAUUUUUUUCUGCAUGGAAGCACGCCUGCUCUCUCUACAGAACUGGAAAACUUGAAGGAGUAACCCACAUGUACGCAUCAACUUCCAGAGCCAACCCUCGCACAAAUGAUAAUCGUGAUAUGCAGGUGAUACUUUUCAAAUGCGGACCGUACAACGACCAGGAUUUGAUGUUACGUUACGGCAGGAACAUUGUCGAACUCUUAAGGUACACCAAUGCUACAGGACAUAUCCCCUACAAAACCGACAAGCAAUCUGAAUCAGGCACUCGAGCGACUGGCUGCAAAAAGAACCACUUGUACAUGCUUCCUGUGGCGCAGAGAUGGAGCGAGUACGAGCAGACUGGGAGACACAGCUUCUGGAGCAGGGACCGUGAAAUUUUUAAUCCUGAAUGUGAAAACUGGCGACAAAAGCAAACUAGAAGCGAUCUCGAAUCCUGGAGGUCAGCUGGAAACAACAUGUAACAGCCGAAAAAUACAGACCUAUCACCGGGAUUAUCGAGAUUCGACACUCACUGAAUAUAGAACCUGAGGAUUUCUACAAUUUCGAUAAGAAUUCACUCGAAAAGCUAUGACAGGAGCAGACGAUGGUUUGGCAGGUAAACUUAUUGUCAAAUGUUGGACUUAUCAAACGGCAACUUAAAAAUCUGCUAUAAAAGGGGACGCAAAACCUUGCUUAAACUGAAGAUAAAUGAAUUAGAUUCAUAUUAACAGUUUACUCGAACUCUUCUCUAUCUACUGUCGGUCAGGAAAGGCUUAAAUUUAACAACACCCAGGGCAUCAACGCAUGAUGAGUGGCAGUGAACACAGAGUAAUCACUGUGUUUAUUGUUGAAUUGUAAUAAAAAUGUUGUUAGCUGCUUGUGAAAUUAAAAGUUCGCUCACAUUCUUUACAUCUCGAAGCUAAGCCUCCUGUCCUGAAAACCCUGUAAUGCCGUAUAACAGGCUCGAGUGGUAAAAUGUAGUGAUAGAUUAACUGUUGACAAUUGCUUUCGCUCUGGAAAAACAGGUAAUUUCCGGGAUAAACCGUUUUCUGAGAUGAACACAUCACAUUAUUAUGAAAGAAAUUCCUUCAAAGUUUGUUCAUGCUGUGCAUAACUAAUUUUCACGAUUCAUGCUGUGCAUGAACCAAUUACUAGAUGAAAUACAUUCCAUCUGAAUUAACAAAUUAAUUCCUUCUAUUAACAUUAAUGCGAAAAGAAGUGAAUAAUUAAAAAAAUUCCUCCUCAUCGGUCCUACAUAAUAUGAGAGCGAUGAGAGGAGACGAAGUCUAUUCACGCAUUUCUUUUCAUAUAAAUAAAGAGAAAAUCAUGAUACAGCAUUGACUGACUAAAUCCUUUUCAUGUAUGAUAUAAUAGUCAGACUGCAACAUGAGCAGCAGUGAAAAACCUGGCUUCCGUUGGAGCAACGUUAUAAAAAGCCUCAAUGUCCGGAUACUUUCGGGAGUCAAUAUGUCAACGAAGUCUUUCCUAUGACAUUCGUUGAUUAAUUUAUUAUUAGACGAACUGUAAGAUUAUUGCUGAGGUCCGAUAGAUUUUUAUUAUUGUCCAUGUGCAAUAGCAGGAGAAUGAGAUACCGUCAACAGUAGUUGAGAAGAUAUAGUUAAGGACACGAACGCUAGUAGGACAAGCGAGGGCCGGAGACAAUGGACAUGGUGGAUGCGUCUAAAAGGUUAGGCUGCGUGAGCUUGAAUAUCUUAAGUAUAGACGAUUACUACAAUGACGUCACGAAGGGUGACAAGAUACUAUUGACAGCAUAGGUGGUAAUGUUUGAAACAAGUCGCUUGACAUGAUAUAAUAGCGUUCCUAUAUUAUAUCUUUAUCUACUGAAUGUAACUAGUGACCAGGCAUUCCCGUAUAGUAUACUAAUGUGGAUAAUUCACGUUAUUGAAUAUGUCCGUAGACUGUGGGUUUAAUCUUUAUCUACUGAAUGUAACUCUAGUCACGCUGGCAUUCCCGUACUAAUAUAGAUAAUUCACGACGGUGAAUGUAUCCUUAGACAUUGAGUUAAAUCUUUAUCUACUGAAUGUUAGCGCUAUUAUUGGAAAGUGAUGAAGGAGCUCAUCAAGUUGUUAUCUUGAGGAAUAAAUAAUAAUUGCUCUGUUUAUUCCUACCGAAAAUAAUCAAUUAUAGCUUUUGGACUAAGAGGUCUUGCUAGAAAGCGAAAUUGAUUGCUUGGAACUCACGGAUCUGAGUCUUUUUUCUACUGAUAAAACCACCUUUUGAAUGCACUUGUAAUCUAAUGGUCUGGUGUCUGUGUGUUGUUGUAAUAGGAAGGUUAAGCACCACUGUGUUGCAUCAUUGACGGUCUCCUAAAAUUUGAAGUAAUAAGUUUUUGUGAACUCAAGCUCGGGAGCUGAUGCUGGAUUUGUUUCACAGGUUUUAGUGAGAACUUAUCUACAUAGUAAUUAAAGAAGUGCCUACAGAGAGGCCAUGAUAAGAAAAGGCAUCAUUCCUCGCUUUCAAGAAUUGAAAGAUUCGUUUAGCCGCGAAUGGUAGAAUAGAAAUAAUAAAUUUAACUUUAUUAUAACUCGUACUCGUUACAGAGACGCCGAAAAGAUAGAAAUCUAAUCUCACAGAAGUUUUAAGUGCAAUCAAACUCCUCAAAGCAGAUGAUUGAAGUUUUAAAUUUUUUUUUUAUAUUUUAAGUGAACUCUGAAUUUCGAAAUUUAUAAUGAAACUUAGCUAAGCAUUCACUGCGCUCAAAAUAAACAAUCGAUGAUUUGUUUCCAAAUAUGACCCCCCAAAUAAAUGUAAAGAUUCCUCUCUGAUCUCUUACAGAAAUAUACAUUUUUUAACCGUCAGUAAAAUUAUGCCCUGCUCAUUUGGCCAAAUUUCGUUCAUAGUUUUUAUCGUUUCUUAUAACUUGUCAGCGAUGUUAUCAGUGAAUUGCAAUCAAUAUGCAGCCAGGGCAUCAUAUUAAUUUUAAAAUAAAUCUUUAUUUACAUGUGGACCCGAAACGUGGAGGUUUAUCGUCAUACUGCUGCAUGAGAGUCAGCCUUUUCCUGACAGUAAAACAAUAGGUCUUGUAUAACUCUA